UGUAUAUAGAAUAUCCACUGUCCAGUAUGGCAUUCAGUUUUAAUUUUAACAUCUCACCGCAGCUUCAACAUGAUUGUGAUAAUGACACGCCAGGUGAUAAAUUAGAUAAAUUAGAAGAUGGGAAUCAGGACCAUGUGAAGAAGCUAAUGAAGCUUGAAACCAGCAGAUGUACUCCUAAGCAAGUAAAGGAAGCUCAAGAGCAUAAGCAUACACCAGAUCACCUUUCCCAUAUUGAGAACUCGGUUACUGAGACAAUAACAGUAGGAACACUACCACCUCUCAUUUACCUCAAUGAAUCUGUAGUUGAACAAACUGCCCCGGAGCGAGACGAUGCUGAGAAUAUACUGACUCAGACUGCCACUCAAAACUCUGACCUGAUAACCGGCGUGUAUGAGGGUGGCCUUAAAAUCUGGGAAGGCACCUAUGAUCUGCUUGAAUACGUCGAUGACGAGGGUGAGACGUUCUCUGGGAAGAGGGUUCUGGAUCUCGGCUGCGGAGCUGGACUGCUCGGUAUCCUGGCAUUAAAGAGAGGAGCCAGCAUGGUUCACUUCCAGGACUAUAACAGCACUGUGAUCGAGCAGCUGACCAUUCCAAAUGUGUUCCUCAACUGUGAGGAAGGGAGUGAUGAUGGUGAUAAGGCAGAAAAAGAUGGCAGCCCAGCACCUAAACGACAAGCUUUGGAUAAGUCACCGACAGAUCAUUGUCGCUUUUUCUCAGGGGACUGGACUUCCUUUCUCUCACUCGUGCAAAGUACUGAUCACAUGCUUAAAUAUGACCUCAUUUUUACAUCAGAAACCAUUUAUAAUACAGAAUACUACCCUUCACUUCAUGAUGUGUUUCAUAAAUUGCUUGCUGAGAAUGGAGUCAUCUAUUUGGCAACCAAAUCUCACUAUUUUGGGGUAGGGGGUGGACUUUAUUCGUUUGAGAAUUUUGUGAAAGAAAAAGACGUUUUCCAAAUAAAAUCUCUCAAGGAUCUGGAUCAGGGCCUUAAAAGGCAUAUUGUUUCAUUGCGGUUCAAGAAAUCCUCCUAAGAAGAAAAUGACUUCCCACUGCACUAUACACCGAUCAGCCAUAACAUUAAAACCACCUCCUUGUUUCUACACACA